CAGACGAUGGAAAUACAAUCAUCUAGAAGACGAUGACAAAGCGUAAGUCAGGAACACAACCCCUCCAGUCAGGAUUGUAAUGACGGUUUCUUGCAGGGAUGAAUCGAUUGAGUUGAAUACGGCUUCCUUCCGCCUCGCCGCAGACUCAGAUAACAACUCGGACAUCGAGAAAGGAAAGAAAUCCGAGCGAAACAAUCAUACCGUACUCUCCAAAUACUUCGAUCCUGAUACUUCGCUUCUCCGAGAGGAAAUCAUGGAGCCCCUUCCUCCAACCCCUAGCUGGGAGCGGGAUCUUAACCGACGCAUCGACGAAGGGAGGGGGUUGGGCGCUUGGGCAGACCGAAUUAUAGACCGGGUAGCCAGGCGAUUUCAGAGUGCUAUGGAGGUUAAUGCCACAGAUGAGCCAGAGGCAUUUGUAUAGCGACAAACGACAGGUCACUUUUACCAGCACCAGGCAGCUCGUUUCUGAUUGACGGGGCUCUACAGCCAAGUGCUGCA